AUGGAAGAAGCGGCAGAGAUGGCAGGCGAGAGGAGCCGCGCUCCCAAUGAGGCAGUCUCGGAAGGGGCACCCCAUGUGUCCGAAGAGGCGCAAGGAGGGGAGGACGAGGCGCAGGAAACAGCACAGUCGGAGGGCGUCACGCUGACCAAGGAGCACUUGAUCAACAUCAUAGAAGAGAAAGCCCAAGCGCUCGAGGCACUGAGGAAGGAACGCUGA